AUGAAGAUUUUUACAUAUAACACAAAUUUAAUUCGACACAAAAAUAACAUUCAUUUAAAUGUGAAAUUUGUUUGUGAUUUCAAUGAAUGCAACAAAAGUUUUAAAAGAAACGAUAAUUUGUUAGUUCAUAAAAAUACUGUUCAUUCAAAUGUUGAUAAAAAACAAAUAUUUAUUCACUGUUUUUGGCCUAAAUGUCAAUACAAGACAUUAGAUAAAAGUAAUCUAAACAGACAUCAAUUAAAUCAUUCAAACAACACAAUUCAAUUAAAACAACACAAAAAUGUCAGUCAUUUAAAUGUGAGAUUUAUUUGUGAUUUCAAUGAAUGCCACAAAAGUUUUACACUAAAAGAUUCAUUAAUUAAACACAAAAGUUAUGUUCAUUUGAAUGAAAGGAAAUUCAAAUGUAAUGAAAAUAAUUGCGGCAAAAAAUUUAAUACCAAAUACAAUUUAAUUAAUCACAUGCGCCUGCAUUCGGGUAAUAAGCCAUAUGUUUGUGAUUUCAAUGAAUGUUACAAAAGCUUUACAACAAAAUACCAUUUAUUUGAACACAAAAGUUGUGUUCAUUUGAAUGAAAAGAGAUUCAAAUGUAAUGAAGAAAAUUGUGGCCAAAAAUUCAACUAUAAGUCAGUUCUCAAUUUACACAAACGCAUACAUUUGGGAGAAAAACCAUUUGUUUGUGAUAUCAAUAAUUGCAAUAAAGCAAUAAAACCCUCGAGUUUAUGGCAUCACAAGAAUAGAUUUCAUUUAAAUAUAUGA